AGUGCUUGACGUUUUGAAGUCGCUCCUCCGGGGUGUUUGAACAGGAAGGCGGACAUGUUGGCCAGGCUGUGGGAGAAAAUCGGGCAUCGUCUGAUUUUUCGAAAAAUAACAAAAACUGAAGUCUGAUUUAUGCGUGGCGAAUCGGAAAAAACGACUUACCUAAACAACAACAAACGACGAUCAGUGACAAUGUACGGCAUGCAGCGGGAGGACCGCCAGGGAGGGUUUUAACAACACCGUGUUUUAAACUGAUCGAAAUUUGGAAGAAGUUUUUUCACCACUUCUACUUUGCAGCUGUCAGACUCGUUUGAGGCUUUUUUAUGCAUAUGCCUGGCACGGGUAUGGACAUGGGCCUGGACUAAUCUUUCCACAUGUAUCACUUUGUAAUCUAUCGCAUUUAAGUUUUACUCAUCUUUUGUCUGAUGCACAUACAAUUUUAAACCCUUAUCCUCUGCGGCAUCCUGUGGAGGCUGACUAAUCUGUUGCCGCAUUUAUCUGGUGCUGCUGAAGUGGACUUGCACUCUGGGAUCUAUAUUUUUUAAUUGGAAGAUGUGGCAUUUUUGUGUUGAACACCGCUUUAAAAGUUUUGUGGUUUGUGUGAAUUCGAGAAGAAUUCACACACUUUGAAGUGCGGUCCAGUGCUCACACGAAGAAAGGGAACAUUUGGCUAGCUAGCUACCACUGGCUGCUAAGCUAGCUAGCCUCCUGGCUCGUCCGUAAGGCUGGUUUUUGUUCACAGCGAAGCGGUGGAACUCACCAUAAAAGCAAAAAUGUCAGCCGGAGAAAGUUUGGAGGCUCGGUUUGAGAAAAUCGAUGCCAUGCUGAAGGAUCCCAAGUCGGAAGUGAACACCGAUUGUCUUUUGGAUGGCUUGGACGCAUUGGUGUAUGACCUCGACUUCCCUGCCCUGAGGAAGAACAAGAGCAUUGACAAUUUCUUGAAUAGAUAUAAAGACACCAUCAGUAAGAUACGGGAUCUGCGCAUGAAAGCGGAUGACUAUGAGGUGGUCAAAGUUAUUGGGAGAGGAGCCUUUGGAGAGGUGCAAUUGGUCAGACACAGAGCCACGAGGAAGGUGUACGCCAUGAAGCUGCUGAGCAAGUUUGAGAUGAUUAAGAGGUCUGACUCUGCCUUCUUCUGGGAGGAGAGGGACAUCAUGGCCUUCGCCAACUUCGCCUGGGUGGUGCAGCUGUUCUUCGCCUUCCAGGACGACCGCUACCUCUACAUGGUGAUGGAGUACAUGCCCGGCGGAGACCUGGUCAACUUGAUGAGCAACUACGACGUGCCCGAGAAGUGGGCGCGCUUCUACACAGCCGAGGUGGUGCUGGCGCUGGAUGGCAUCCACGCCAUGGGGUUCAUUCAUAGGGACGUUAAGCCCGAUAACAUGUUGCUAGACAAAGCAGGCCACUUGAAGCUGGCAGACUUUGGAACCUGCAUGAAAAUGAACAAGGACGGAAUGGUACGAUGCGACACUGCAGUGGGAACGCCGGACUACAUUUCCCCCGAGGUACUGAAAUCCCAGGGAGGAGACGGGUAUUACGGCCGGGAGUGUGACUGGUGGUCCGUGGGAGUCUUCCUAUAUGAGAUGCUCGUCGGCGACACGCCGUUCUAUGCCGACUCGCUGGUGGGCACGUACAGCAAGAUCAUGAACCACAAGAACGCCCUGACCUUCCCCGACGACAGCGACAUCACCAAGGACGCCAAGAACCUCAUCUGUGCUUUCCUCACCGACAGAGAGGUGCGCCUGGGCCGGAACGGCGUGGACGAGAUCAAGAGGCAUCCCUUCUUCAAGAACGACCAGUGGACGUGGGACAACGUCCGAGAGACGGCGGCCCCCGUGGUGCCUGAGCUCAGCAGCGACAUCGACACCAGCAACUUCGACGACAUCGAGGAGAACCGCGGGGAGGAGGAGACCUUCCCCACACCAAAGGCCUUUGUGGGCAACCAGCUCCCCUUCGUGGGCUUCACCUACUACAGUACUCACCAACUUCAACGCACCACCAAGACCAGCGACAAGCGUAGCAGUGCCACGAAGGAGGACAAGAGCCAUCUGGAGAAUCUGCAGAAGAGGAUCUACCAGCUGGAGGAACAGCUGCACGGCGAGAUGCAGCUCAAGGAUGAGAUGGAGCAGAAGUGCAGGAUGUCCAACAACAAACUGGACAAGAUGAUGAAAGAACUGGAUGAGGAGGGUAACCGGAGGAAGAGCCUGGAGGCGGGCCUGUCGGCGCUGGAGAAGGACAAGAUGAUGAUGCAGCACCGCUCCUCGGACUACCAGAGGAAGGCCGACCAGGAGGCGGAGAAGAGGCGCAACCUGGAGAACGAGGUUUCCACUCUGAAGGAGCAGCUCGAGAACAUGAGGAAGAUUAGCCAGAACUCGCAGGCCUCCAACGACAAGAUAGUCCAGCUGCAGAACCAGCUAGAGGAGGCCAACGACCUGUUGCGGGCCGAGUCGGACACGGCGGCGCGGCUGAGGAAGAACCACACGGAGGUGGCCAAGUCCAUGACCCAGCUGGAGGGCCUGAACCGCGAGCUGCAGGAGAAGAGCCGCGCGGCGGACGGCGAGAAGGCCCAGCUGGAGAAGGAGCUGCUGCUGCUGCAGAGCACGCUGGAGGCCGCCAUGAGGAGCUCCAGCGAGGGCUCGGAGGAGAUCCGCGAGCUGCAAGUGAGGAUGGCGGGGCUGCACGAGGACAACAACAACCUGAAGCUCGGCCUGUCCAAGGUGGAAGCUGAACGAAAGCAGGUCCAGGAGAGGAGCAACAACCUGGAGAAGGAGAAGAACAACCAGGAGAUCGACCUGGCCUACCGGCUGAAGACGCUGGAGCAGCGGCUGGAGCAGGAGCAGACGGAGCACCGGGUGACGCGGGCGCAGCUCAACGACAAGUACGAGUCCAUCGAGGAGGCCAAGUCCGCCACCAUGCACGCGGUACAGCAGAAGGUGUCGGAGGAGAGCGUGGCCCGGAUGCGGGCGGAGAGCAAGGCGGUGGAGGUGGUGAAGCGCUGCUCCACCCUGGAGCUGGACCUCAAGCAGUCGCUGCAGAAGAUGGAGCAGCUGAUGAAGCAGAAGGAGCGGCUGGAGGACGAGGUCAAGGCCCUGCAGGUGCAGCUGGACACGGAGUCCAGCAAGCGGGUGACGGCGCAGAGCGAGCUGAAGGGGCGCGGCCAGGAGACGGACCGGCUGCGGGGGCUGGAGAAGCAGCUCAAGCAGGAGAUCAACGCCUCGCUCGAGAGCAAGCGCUCACUGGAGUUCCAGCUGGCGCAGAUGACCAAGCAGUACAGGGGCAACGAGGGCCAGAUGAGGGAGCUUCAGGACCAACUGGAAGCCGAACAGUAUUUCUCUACGCUCUACAAAACUCAGGUGAAGGAGCUGAAGGAGGAGAUCGACGACAGGAACCGGCAGGUGCAGGAUGCACAGAAGAAGGUGCAGGACCUGCACAACGAAAGGGACUCCCUGUCGGCUCAGCUGGAUCUAACGGUCACCAAGGCGGAGUCUGAGCAGCUGGCCCGGGCGCUCCAGGAGGAGCAGUACUUUGAGCUGAUUCAGGAGAACAAGAAGGCCCUGGCCAGACACAAGCAGGAGGUCGGAGAGAGGGACUCCACUAUCUCAAAGCUGGAGGAAUCCAACACAACCCUGACCAAAGACGUGGAGACUCUCAGCAGGGAGAAGGGCGAGCUGGACGAGAAGCUCUCCUCUAAGGAUGAAGAGUUUGUGGCUCUGAAAGAGGAGAACAUAAACACAGUCAAGAGCUUUGAGAAGACCCUUAGCACAGAGCGCACACUCAAGACUCAGGCGGUAAAUAAGCUGGCGGAGAUCCUGAACCGAAAGGACAUGAAGCUGGACCACAAGAAGAAGGGCAGCACGGCCGACCUGCGCAAGAAGGAGAAGGAGAACCGCAAGCUGCAGCUGGACCUCAACCAGGAGAAGGAGAAGUUCAACCACAUGGCCAUCAAGAACCAGAAGGAGCUCAGCGAGAUGCAGGCGCAACUGGUGGAGGAGUCUGCGUACCGCAACGAGCUGCAGAUGCAGCUGGACAGCAAGGAGAGCGACAUCGAGCAGCUGCGCGAGAAGCUCAACGACCUGCAGCUGCGCGUGGACAGCUCCAGCGUCACCAGCCUGCUGGCGGACGAGACGGACGGAAACCUCGCAGAGUCCCGUCUGGAAGGCUGGCUGUCCAUUCCAAACCGUACCAACAUCAAGCGCUACGGAUGGAAGAAACAGUACGUGGUGGUGAGCAGCAAGAAGAUCCUGUUCUACAACGACGAGCAGGAUAAAGAGCAGUCCAACCCCUGCAUGGUGCUGGAUAUUGACAAACUGUUCCAUGUGAGGCCGGUCACCCAGGGAGACGUGUACCGAGCCGAGACGGAGGAGAUUCCACGGAUAUUCCAGAUCCUGUACGCCAAUGAGGGCGAGUGCCGGAAGGAGGCGGAGAUGGAGAGCGUGCCCCAGGGGGACAAGGCCAACUGCCUGCCCCACAAGGGCCACGAGUUCAUCCCCACCCUCUACCACUUCCCCUCCAACUGCGAGGCGUGCCCCAAGCCGCUGUGGCACGUCUUCAAGCCGCCGCAGGCUCUGGAGUGCCGCCGCUGCCACGUCAAGUGCCACAAGGACCACCUGGACAAGAAGGAGGACGUCAUCGCCCCUUGCAAAGUAAACUACGACGUGACGUCUGCGCGGGACAUGCUCCUGCUGGCACUGACCCAGGACGAGCAGAAGAAGUGGAUCGGCCAUCUGGGCAAGAAGAUCCCCAAGACCCCGCCCUCCACCUUCUCCAGGUCCUCCCCUCGCACCAUCUCCACCCGCUCCGUAGCAAACCAGUCCUUCCGCAGGAACCCCAAAAGCAUCACAGGGAAGCCAAGCAGAGCGCAGUCCAGCCUUCAAGCCGCAGACACAACCUCCAGCACUUGUUGACAGCCACUCCUCCAGACCAAUAAUAGCCCCAUAAACAAAAAGAACGUCUAGUGUCCUCGGCUCUCCGCCUGUGUUUUGGUUUUGUUUAGCCUGACUAUUUAUUAACGGGUGUUUCUAAUGGAAGACGGUCCUCAUGGGUUGGUUGGUUGGUUGGUUGGCCUCUGGAAUGUUCUUUCCCAUCGUCACCGGGGGUCUCUGGUUCGUGUGAUCGGCACUAAUGUGUUCAGAAACGAUCUGCCAGCCUCAGUGCAACGGAGUUGGAGAUCACCUCGCCCACACUGACAUUUUGUUCUGCGUCUUCUCUAUUCCGUGUAAUGCUAUGGGAGAGGAAACGUCUUGUGUAAUGACUAACCUGUUAGUACUUAGGCCGGGUACUAACCAACAGAGAAAUGUCUUGCAUUCCUUUUAUUCGACACCUUUCUCUUCUCUUUUUCCCUCCAGCUAACCAUCUGAAGCAUUGGAUUCUCUUUGGACUCUUACAUGUUUCACCUCCUCCCUUCUUCCCUCCCCUAAAAAAAAAAAAUCUUCAUAUACAAAAAAAAAAUUGGAGCCUCUUCCUUUUCACAAAUGACUGCAAAAUGGCCAGCUCUGGGAACACUGUGGGAGACUUUUCAGACAACAAGGGAUCAGGGACGUGGUGUGGCUGGUUAUCUCCUCAGCUUUCCUCCGCCAGACCGAAGACCGAUUCCCCCACCACCUCCUCCUACUCCGUCCCGCUCCACCCUCCCACCUCACUGGACGGCACACUUUGCUUGCAUCUCUACAUAUCUUCCAGAAGAGGGCGCACUCCACCUUAACCAAACGAUGGACCCGGACUCGGGGGACAGAGUGAGGGGUGGAGGGAGAGAGAGGGGGCGGGUGGAAGAGACUCACUCUGACUACCAUGGGUACAUGUUCCAUAUCAUUCUGAGCGUUGUAACGGCAUAAGACUGGCUGAAGGGGGUUUUGCUGGGACCGUCACCUGUAUGCAUGUAUGUGAUCGACGAGGUACUGUUGCACGGGCUUGGUUUAAACUGCGUCUUGAGGGAGGUUUCAAAUUAUAUUUUAUUUUAGAUAUGGAAAGGAAAUUAAAAAAUAUCCCAUCCCAGAGAAAACCAGAUGGUCCUUGUUAAUAGCAAACGUACAUGCGUUUCAGUUUAAAGACCUUUAUGCCUUUAUCUUUUGGAGUCUGGUGGCCUUGUUGCCUGUAUUCGUAUUACUCUGCAAGUCUGUUUAUCAGGGUAGGGAGUAUUGGGAAAUAAGUAUUAGAUGGUUUGAGUAUUGAGUGAGCAAGCAUUCAAGAUCAUCAUUUAAAUCUAUGCAUUAUUUUUAUGAGUAUAAUUAUUUUUAUUGCUCCAAGCCAUAAAGAAAUUCCAUUGUAAUGGCAUAUAGGAGACCUAAAACAUAAUUUUGUUGUGUGUUCAUUGGGUACAUUGUUUCAGUUUUUUUUGUAUUUUUUUUGUAAUGUAUUGCCUUACAUUGAGUCAUGAUAAAUGGUUGAAAAGGAAAACAUUAAGUUAACAAAUGUAAAACUGCACUGUUUGAAUUGUAAAUUAUUUGUAGAAGACUAAACAGGUGUAGCAUUCGGCCCACCUAGUGCCUUAACGUUUGGAUGACGAUUUUACUGCCAUAUCUGUUGUGUUUUUCUCCAAACAAGACAAAUCUUAACUCUUCCGUUGCUUAUUUUUUAAAGUAAAGAAAACCGUUUCUCAUUUGUGGAUUUUUCAAAACCUUUCAUGUUUUAGUUUUUUUUUUUCCUUCUUUGAACUUCAUUACGCCUGAGUCCGUGUGUCAGGAUAAGAUUAUGGGCUCCAAUAUCACAUGACAAGUUUCGGGACGGUGUACCUUAACGAUGCUAAGACCUGUGUCAUUGACUAUCCUUGUUAACGAUUACAAGUUCAGCUAAUAUGGUAAAGUCCCGUUAAUGCAAACCCCAUACAGUGUGUAAAUAUAUUCAGAGAAUCCUAAGGAUUAUGGAUUACCUCUGUGAUAAUAACGUUUUUUUUUGUUUUUGUUUUUUUUCCUAAAAUUUUGUUCAGUUCAAAAAGCACUGGAACUAUGAUCUACUCUUAUUUUGUCUUGGAUAAUUUGCAUGUUUAAUUGCAUUGGAGGCCGCACUGAUGGAUAUGUGUCAAUAAACAUAUCUUUAUCAUUUAUUGUAUUUUAUUGUUUUUGCUAUUAAGAGAAAAGGCAGGUGUGAAACUGGGAAUCCCAAUUACGAUCAAUGUUGCACUUAGUGCACACAGUGUUGCAAUCUGCAAGGUAGACCUAAUCACCACUUUGGUUAAAUGCAACCAGUCACUAAAUGUGUUAUGAACUUUUCAUAAUUCUAAGGGGGCAAAGCUACAGAUGAACAUCUAUUGAUAUCAUUUUUCAAUGCUUUGGCAAGCAGAAACAUCCCUGGUCCGCAGCCUGUCCAUCUUAAAGUUAUCGUGAAACAUUUAUACUUUAUUUGUUCCCUAUCAACACCUAUUGGCUAUAUAUAUAUAUACAUUGAGGGAU